AGUUAACGGAGUUCAAUUGUCUGUCCAGGCAAUGCUGGAUUCCGAACCAACCCCGAGACAGUGUGAAGCUCACCAUGACAAAACUACUUUGUUCAUUAGCAUCUUUCUGUGCAUUGGACUAGUGAUCUCCUAUCUUCCUCAACAUGCAAGAAUUAUUAUCAACAAAACCAGCGAUGGUUUCAGUGCCUGGUUCUUGCUCCUAGGUGUCAUCUCAUCUACCUCUAGUUUACUCAAUAUCAUUCUCCUGCAGUGGGAUGCAAUUGUUUGUUGUCACUCUCUGUCUACUGGUGCAUGUGUAGAGGGAUUGAUGGGUGUCAAUCAGAUCUUCCUUCAAUGGGCAAUGUUCUGCACGAUCUUUGUUUUAUUCCUUCUUUAUUUCCCUGAAAACAAAAAGCAUGGUGCCCAUAUGCCUAGCUCUCUUCACUUGGAUUUACCCUCCAAAAUCAAACCUCCCAUUUCAGCUGAAUGGAAGGUUUCUUUGAUUGUCGCUGCAGUCACCACUGGUCAUUUUGUUAUUUCUGUCAUCAUCUCAGUCUUACUUUUGGUAUUAGUCGGAGGUCCCGAAAACUGGCAGACAGAUCUCUGGGCUGGAUUCUUGGGCGUAUUUAGCAUGAUCCUUGCCACAUUCCAAUAUCUUCCUCAGAUCUGGAAGACAUGGAAGCGCAAGUCUGUUGGCGCUUUGAGUAUCCCAAUGAUGUGCCUUCAAACACCUGGAUCUGCUCUUUUUGUCUACUCCCUUGCUACAAGACCAGGCACAAACUGGACCGCCUGGAUCACUUACCUUAUUACAGGUCUCCUACAAGGAUCUCUUUUGAUCCUUUGUAUUGUCUGGCAUUUCCGAAACAAGCGUCUUGGCUUAUCUGAUCUCCAGACUCAAGAACCCGAGCCAGAAUCUACAGAAACUACCCGCCUGUUGCGCGAUAACCGCAUCUAAGAAAAAAAAACAAAAAGUUUAUCAUGUCUAAUUUAUAGACAAGAUACACACCGUAUAUUCUAGCAUCUAUAGAUAUUCUGUUGUUGUGGGAAGUAUGUUAUAUAUUUAUCCAAUCUACCACACAAUAUACAUAUAUCGUUUUACCCCCUUAAAAUAAAAAUACAAAUACAGCCAUAAAAUGAUCCAU